AUGGCAAGAAGACCAGGGGCAGAGACAGAGAGCUGGGCACUGCCGGGCAUCGGCCGCGGUGGCGUUUCUGGCGACCUUCUCCCGGCAUUCGGCGAGCUCUCCCCUUCCGUCGGGAACAACGCCAUCAACCCUUACGACUGCAGCUACAGGUGGUGGCAGGGGUUCCUGAUCGUGCUGGUGCUCUACUCGGCGUGGUCGUCGUCGUUCGAGCUGGCUCUCGAGAAGGCCGCCACCACGCCGCUUCUCGUCGUGGACCUGAUCGUCGACGUGUUCUUCGCCGUCGCCUUCUUCGUCGCCUACUUCGACAGAUCCGCCAAUCUCUUCGUCGACGACCGAAGGAAGAUCGCCACCACGUACCUCGCACGGCCGUCGUUCGCAAUGGACGUGGCCUCGACGGUCCCGUUUCACGUAAUCUACCGGCUGGUGAGCGGCAGGAGCACUGGAUUCAGGUACCUCAACCUUCUCCGGCUGUGGAGACUACAGCGCGUCAGUAAGCUCUUUGCAAGGUUGGAGAAGGACAUACGAUUCGACUAUUUCUACACCAGGCUCAUCAAACUCUGCGGCGUGACGUUGCUGGCGCUGCACUCCUCGGCGUGCAUCUUCCUGUGGAUGGCGUUCCACCACGGGCACGGGGACGAGGAGCACACGCACACCUGGCUCGGCAGCCAGGUGCGCGACUUCGAGGGCCGCAGCGUCUGGGUCAGCUACACCUACGCGGUGUACUGGUCCAUCACCACGCUCGCCACCGUCGGGUACGGCGACCUGCACGCCGUCAACCCCGGCGAGAUGGUGUUCGCCACCUGCUACAUGCUCUUCAACAUCGGCCUCACCUCCUACAUCAUCGGCAACAUGACCAACCUCGUCGUCCACGCCGCCACCAACACCUUCAAGAUGAGGGACAUGGUGCGGCGAGUCUCGACGUUCGGGAGCGUGAACCGGCUGCCGCCGGAGCUGAGAGAGCAGAUGAUGGCGAGCGCGCAGCUGAGGUUCAGCACGGGGGAGGUGAUCCAGCAGCAGCUGCUGUCCGACCUGCCCACGGCGCUCAGGUCCCGGGUCGCGCACCACCUCUUCAGGGACACGGUCCAGCGCUGCUACCUGUUCCAGGGAGUCUCCAACGACCUCGUCCUACAGCUGGUUUCAGAGAUGAGGGCAGAGUAUUUCCCUCCCAAGGCGGACACUGUCCUCCAGAAAGGUGACCUCGACAGACUGCUACAUCAUCGUGUCCGGCGCAGCGUCAUGAAAGAAACUUCAGUCGCUUUCUUGGCUCUUUUUUAUGCCAGCGAGAGUUUUGAUCAGCUGUGGUGUGGUGCCCUCUUUCAGCUGGUGAUGAAGAUCGGGCCACACGGCAUGGCAGGGGAAAUGGGCGUCAUUUUGGGCGUCCCGCAGCCGUUCACCGUCCGUAGCAGCAGGCUCACGCAGGCCGUGUGCAUCAGCCUCAGCCAUCUUCUGCAGCGUUCCAACACUGCAGAUGCCAACACCGUUUACGCCAAUUUUGUUCAGCACCUCAAGUCUCUCAAGGAACAAGUUUCAGCGGAUGCGCCGCUUUUCGAGGAAAUCCUUUCCAAAACAAGCAUGGAUGAGCUUCAGAUCCGCUACAUUUUUCAGAUGCAGCAUAAGAACGGUGACGGCGCCAGGAUGGUUCCAAGCCAGGAUCAGAAUGCCAGCUUUGGCACCGAGCAACACGAAGAGACUGCAUGUUGCCGCGUCGACAGCACGGACUACGAGUGGUGA